ACAUCUCUACACUCAAUAUUUUUUAACGCUUCGGUCGCAAAUCGGCGCGGAGAAACUAUAGAAAACUAACUAAACUAGUGGCAAGUGCAAAACGGGACGGAACGAAAUGCGGCAGCAAAUAGUUAACUAAAUUGAUCACAAUUACCGUGCGAAAUCAGCAGUGUGGGCGCCACAAGAUCUUAAUUCAGGAUACAAGCCCCCUGGAGCGUUUUAUUUAGAGGAAAUUGAGGGCUGCCCAUAGGAAUUCCCCAGGCCUGGCGACUGUCAAAAAAUAUAUGUGUUAAAUUUUUAAGUUAAGCGUGAUUUAGAAAGAAACGAGGAAAACUGGCUACCAGCGACAAACUGUCCACUUUUUAUGUGGGCAUGGACGAGGAGGAGGAGGAGGAGGUCACGGAUCUGAAGCUGCAGUUGUUCCACAAUACAGUACGCGAGCACAUUAUUUUUCUGCUACUGAUCAUCUUGCUGUACUUCAGCUCUUAUGUGGUUGUAUCACGUUUUCGGCGGCGCGACCGUGACGAUCUCUAUUCGAAUGACGAGGACGAGGUGCUGGUCUAUCGGAUAAGCUUUUGGCUUUGCACAUUCACACUGGCCGUUGCCGAAGGGGCUGCCAUGCUGCUGCCCGUUUCCAUCGCCAGCAACGAGGUGCUGCUCUUGUAUCCCAACAGCUACUAUGUGAAGUGGCUCAACAGUUCGCUUAUACAGGGCCUCUGGAACCAUGUAUUCCUCUUCUCCAAUCUGUCACUGUUCAUCUUUCUGCCAUUCGUCUAUUUGUUCUCGGAAUCCACGGGGUUCGUGGGUCACAAGAAGGGCAUUCUGCCGCGCGUCUACGAAACCUUUACAGUAUUUAUGCUGAUGGCCGUUAUUGUCCUGGUACUAACCGCUGUCUUAAGUGCAGUCUUUGGCAUUGAAAAGUUUCAAUUCUUUUGGUUUCUAAAUUUAGGCAGUGUUCACCUGCCAUUCCUUUAUUCGUGUGUCUCUUUUCUGGGCGUGAUGCUUAUGCUGAUUUGCACCCCCUACGGCUUUGUGCGUCUGUUUGGCGUUGUUAACCAGGUUCUGGUUCGACCCAUGCUGCUGCGCGACGUCAACGAGGAGUUCAGCGCCUUCUACAUGGAGGAGGCGAGUGUGAAGCGAAAACGCCACAUCGAGCUGCACAACGUGAGCAUCUCGGAUGCCGCCAACGGUGGUCGCCUGGGCAAUGGCAUUGGAAACGGACGUGGGCGCACCUUCUACCCCCAGCCGCUCCUGCAGCAGUCGCAGGCCCAUCUCUACCAGCGCAAGGCGAUGGCCAGCGACGUGGGUGAGCUCAACGAUAGACUGAGAGAACUGGACUCCGAGCGCAAGGAACUUGACAAGCUGCGCAAAUCGAGCACCUUCCAACGCACCUUCGUCUACCCGCUGGCCAUGCUGCUGCUGCUGUUUUGCACAGGAGUCACCAUUCUUCUGGUGGUGCAGAACACUCUGGAGCUGCUUAUAGGCAUCAAGGCGCUCCCACUAAGCACCAGGCAAUUUACCCUGGGCAUCUCAUCGCUCUCGAAGCUGGGACCCUUUGGCGCCGUGGAAGUGUGUCUAAUCUUUUACUUGGGCGCCACCUCAGUGGUGGGCUUCUACAGCAUGCCCUUCAUGCGGAACGUCUGUCCCAAGCGACGCCAGACCUCGCUGCCACAGCUGAUGCUAAACUGUGGCUUCAUGCUGGUUUUGUCCUGCUUGCCGCUUCUCAGCAGGAUCAUAGGCAUAACAAAUUUUGACCUGCUGGGCGACUUUGGGGCCAUCGAAUCUGGGAACUUCCAGAUUGUGCUGUUCUACAAUUUGGUCUUUGGAACCACCACGGCCCUCUGUCUGGCCAACAAGUUCACGGCCACGGUGCGACGGGAGCUGAGAGCCCGCCUGACUUCGCUAUUUCUGUUGGCUUGAUGGCCAUUUUGCUCUGAGGAUGUGCUGCGGUUUAAAGCGCAACACCUAUGAUAAUGCUGUGAUUUAAUGACUUUAUUUAAAAGAAUAAUGAUGCUAUAGGGAUAAAUAAAGAAUUUAGAAAAUCUA